CUCGCUCGCUCUCUCUCUCUCCUCCUCUCUCUCUCUCUCUCUCCCCGAUGGAGAAGCGGAUGAGGCCGAGGACGAUGCUUGCUUAUCUGACGACUCAAGAAACCCUUAUCAGCGUCUCCCAGGUUUAAGCGGGGAAUUUCGGCGAUCUUUUGCUGGUGAAACCCGCGGAUUCUUGUUCUUCUUCGCCUCUCCCCGGUCUUUCCGAGUCGUGGACUUCGAUCAGGAUCUUGAAUUCUGCCUGGUGGAAACAAUGCUCCAGCAACAUGCAAUUCCUGUUGGACUACAGUGACUGAACAUACCUAUAUAUAAAACAUGGGUGGUCUCUGUUGUCGUUCAUCAAGAAAUGCUGAAUCAGAUAGGUGCCCGCAAGAUUUAGAGGUGCGUGACCCAUUGUCUACCACCCGUGGUACAUCUUCUGUAGCCUCUGAUGGACUCCUUGUCAAUACAAAUUUGGAGACAUCUACUCCAGAUGCUUACCAGGCACCUCCUGCACCAUUGCCUUACAAUGUGCGCUUAGCAACUUCACAAACUUCGCCUGGAAAUUUGGAAAACUGUGCAAACAAGACUGAUCAUGUGCAUCCAGCAGACUCCCGGCCAAUAGGGGAAACUGAUGAAAGAUUUGAAGGUUCAGAUACAUAUGGGGCCUUAGAAAAGUCAGACUGCAAGGGUAAAACUGAUUUUGAGCAUGACUCCCCUAAAACAGAAGAUGAACCUUCCAAGGUGGAUGCACCUAUUGCUUCAGCUACUGAUGAGGAAGAUGUUUGCCCCACUUGUCUCGAAGAGUAUGAUGCGGAGAACCCUCGCAUUUUAACGAAGUGCGAGCAUCAUUUUCACCUCUCUUGCAUUCUUGAGUGGAUGGAAAGGAGUAAUACUUGCCCCAUUUGUGACCAGAUCAUGAUGAUCGAUCAUAUGUCUAGUGGAUAGCACUGGAUUUCUGCAAUAAUGAGCUUUUAGUUUUCAGGACCUUUGGAGUGGAUGGCAGCCUGUACAGAAGUAUUGUAUUCUCAUCUUUACACUAAUAAUUGCCGGAAGCAAAUGCCUCUACAGUAGUUUGUUCAUAAGAUGAAGUUUUCUACUCUCAGGUGUCAAUACCGUGGGUCAAUUUUUUUUGGAUCACCUAAAGGAAAAGAGGUAAAAGUGAAAUGGUGAUCAAAACAUUUGUUCUGUUCUGCAUCAUUCUUGUAAAGCUUUAAAUUUUUUUGUGAUGCUGAAUGGCUGGCAUAUGGAAUUUAGGAUAAUGUGGUUGCAUGCCAGGUCUGGAUGUGAGACUAGAAAUUCUUUCGCCCCACCCUAUUUUUGGAAGUAUUUUUUUUUUUUUUUCGGUUUCUCCUCAGUGAGUUGGUUGUAUUUUAUAUGGUACAGUCCAUUUUUCAUCUUCCAUUUGUAUUUGAAUUUUAUAGGAAUUUUUCCCCCCUUUUUUGUGAUGUUUCUUGUAAGUGUAUGAAACAUGCAUGAUGAUCCAUAAUACACAUUUUGUUUUUGUUUCACGUAG